CUGUUAUCGUUGUUGCAGGCGCGCGAGAUACACUGGCCAGCCGUGCGCAUGCGCCUGCACAACCGCUCGUCCACAGCCGGAUUUUCCGGAGUUUUCCAGUUCACCGCAGGACGAGUCACAGCAAAGGGUGGCCCGUUUUGCUUGCCCGGCCAACACAUCGCGAAACACAAACAGAAAGUGUUUCUAGCUGCGUCUAGUGUUUUUUGUACCGUCGGCACACGCACACACACCCGGAGAUACUCGGUGCUCAUUCGACGCGCGGAAACCGAUCCCUGUACCACGGUGAAGGUGUUUGAAGCGAGUGGGCAUCUGCCCGAUCUGUUACGAAACAAUGCGUUGCUGCGUUGUGCGUAUGUGGUGUGAGUGUUUGUGCUAAUCGACUGACUGACAAGGCGGAAGGGGGAAAACGGGGGGGAGCGUACCCAACCCAUCAAUCAACAAACAGCUGGAAUGCACUCCAGCACACACGCAUAAACUCUGCACACAAUUAAGCACCAACUGGGCACCGCCGCAAAUCCGCUGUAUUUUAUUUUUUACGGACUAGAAAACACAGCCGCGCUGCGAUGGCAUCAUCUGCGUCCAAGUUACCGGAAGACGCGUCCAAGAUCAGCUACUCGUACGUCACACCGGGCGGCCUGUGCGUACGCUUCCGGCAGAGCUUGGCCCAGUUUAGCGAUCUGUUCAGCGAGUUCAACAAAUACAUUGCCCCGGCCUACCACCACGACCGGUGUGAACGGUCCGUCCACAUGCGCCUCUACUCGAUGAACAAGCGCGAGUUUGCGACCGUCUUUCUGGCGUUCUUUGCCUGCUUCGGGCUGGCCAUUUUCAUCGGGCUCGCCGGCCCCCCCAUCACCGUCAUGACGCGGAUGGACGGCAGUACGCUCCUACCGAACGCUAGCGAAAGUGCGGCAGCAGCAGCAGGAGCAGCUGGCACACCGCCUGCCGGUGACGCACCGCCGCCUGCUGGCUAUCUGCUGGCGCGCGGUCCGUUCGUGAUGCACACCCCACUGAUGACGACCUACUCGCAGCAGCUCUGGAUCAUAGCGAAGCUGACGACCGACAACACCGACGAUGAAAUGUUUGACAAAAAGUUCCACAUCAACGUGCGGAUCGAGGGACUGUCGGCGGACCAUAAACCGAUGCCGAUCCGGGGUGCCGGGAGUGGGGGUGCCGCGCUGCAGUUGCAGAACCGUACGCGCCAUCUCACGUGCAGCGAGCAGGAGUGCGACGAGUUUACCAUCCUGCACAUCGGCUUUCUCGAUUACGCCCACUACAUCCUGACCGUGCGCUUUUACGGGCUGGAGGCAUUCCACCAGCGCUACACCAUCCGCUCGGUGCAGUUCUACCUCAAGUCGUACAAUCCGGCCUUCACCCAGAUCGAGAUAUGGUUUCGGUUCAUCUUCGUCCUGUUUACCUUUAUCGUGACGUGCUGGUUCGCCCACACGCUCCGCCGGUACCCGCUGGCGGACUGGUCGAUCGAGCAGAAGUGGCUCUCGAUACUGUUGCCACUGUUGCUGCUGUUCAACAAUCCCAUCUUUCCGCUGAUCUUCAUGGCAAACAGCUGGUUCCCGGGCAUGACCGAUGCGCUCAUGCAAACCACCUUUCUGUGCGCGAUUCUCAUGUUCUGGCUGUGCGUUUACCAUGGAUUGCGGCAGAACGAGCGCAAACUGCUGACGUUCUACGUUCCGAAGCUGCUCGUCAUUCUGCCGAUCUGGCUCGGUGCGAUCGUGCUCGGGAUCUGGGAAAAGUUUGACGAGCUGAACGAUCCAACGUACAGCCAUUUCGACGAUUACGAUAAUUACAAUGGUCUAAAGGUAUUCGUUUCGAUCGCCGGCGCCAUGUAUCUACUGUAUCUGGGCUUGCUGAUGCUGAAAGCGUACUCCGAGCUACGCUCGAUGCCGUACUUUGAUAUGCGGCUCAAGUUCCUGACGCUGCUGAUGCUGAUCGUGGUGUCGUUCACGCUGAUCGUUACGCUGCAGCAUUUCGGUUUCGAUACGCUGAAGGACAACUUCAUUGCGCAGCUGUACACCAGCUACAAGAGUUCGGCCCAGUUUAUGUGCUUCUACGGAUUGCUCAACUUUUAUCUCUACGCGAUGGCAUACGUUUAUUCACCAAGCGGGCCAGCGGUGCACGAGCCCGUGAUUGCCAAGGACAACCCGACCUUCUCGAUGAUCAACGACUCGGACGAGGAGGUGAUGUACGGUUCGGACGAGGAAAGCCGAAGACCGCUGAAUGCUGCCUGCCGAAAGGGAAACGAUUACGACAGUGAUUAGAUAUCUGGUCUCACCUUUCUGGUCGUUCGUGUCCGUUGCAAGCACAUCCCAGUCGCGGAGACAGUUGGUUUAAUAGUGAAAAUCGUUCUGCUAGCAACUAGGUGGUUGUAUUAUUACUUAAGGUUCCACACUAACGCUCACUGCUCUCUCUCUCUACCGGUCCUUCUUCGCACUGGGCGGGAGUGUGGAGCAUUAGAGAAUCCGAAAAAGGGGAGGUGGGGUGAUAAGCGUGAUUAUACCUGCAGGUGCAUUUAUCGGCAAAACAAAAACACACAAUAAAAACCAGUAAA